AUGUUAAGAGUUGCGAGAAGGGCAGCUAUUGGUGUCUCAUCAUCAUCAUCAUCUGCAACUGCCUACUCUAUCAGCAGCAGCAGCAGUGGACACCUUACAACAACAAAGAUCAGUAAUAGAACAGUUGGUUUGAAUGUUGUAACAUCAUCCAGUUUGUUUACACGACCAUCUAUGCCCUACAGACGUUGUCUCUAUUACUCAACGACAGAUUCUAAUCAACAUAAGAAGUACUACUCUCUAUCACAGUUUCCAUACCCAUCAGGUAGUCUUCAUAUGGGUCAUGUUAGAGUGUACACUAUGAGUGACUGUGUGGCUAGACUCAAGCGUAUGCAGGGCUAUCAGGUGCUACAUCCUAUGGGCUGGGACGCUUUUGGACUGCCUGCAGAGAACGCUGCCAUUGGAAAGGCUGUGUCGCCAUCGGCUUGGACAAACUCCAACAUCGACGAGAUGCGCAAUCAGUUUCAAAAGUUGAACCUACAGUUUGACUGGGAUAGAGAGCUGUCAACAUGCUCACCAGACUACUAUCGUUGGACCCAGGAGAUAUUCCUGCGUCUUUACCAGGCUGGACUGGCCUAUCGCAAGCACUCUGCCGUCAACUGGGAUCCAAUCGAUCAGACUGUACUGGCCAAUGAGCAGGUGGAUGCUCAAGGACGAUCGUGGCGCUCGAAUGCAAUCGUUGAGCGCAGAGAGAUGAAGCAGUGGUACUUCAGGAUCACAGACUAUGCCGAUCGUCUUCAUGAUGAUCUAGAGAAGUUGCCCGGAUGGCCCACUGAAGUCAAGGCAAUGCAGAAAGAGUGGAUAGGUAGAUCUAUUGGAGCAUUGGUCACAUUCCACUAUGGGGAUACACAGUUGGUGGCGUUCACUACACGUCCAGAGACAUUGUUUGGUGUCACCUUUGUCUCUGUUCACUAUAAGCAUCCAGUGUUGGAGAGUAUUCUCAAUGGCAAUGAUGUGAACCUGGCCACAAAGCAGAAGCUCAGAGAUACCAUUCAAAAGAUCAAACAGUUACUCGAGUCACCACUAGCAAACACCAUCGAUGCCCCUCCACAGCUGAUCGCCCUCAACACCAAGGUCAAGAUCACAUCACCAACCGGAGCCAUUGUCAAUUUGGUUGUCUCUUCUCAGGUGUUGCCUGAUUAUGGAACAGGUGUCGUAAUGGGAGUGCCAGGCCACAAUGCAGUUGAUCAUCAGACGGCAAAGCUUUUGAAUCUCCCAAUCAAGCAUGUAUUGUCAAGGCCAGUGGACCAAACAGAGGUUGCGGAUCUCUAUGACAAUCCAGAUUCAACGCUAAUCAACAGUGGACCAUUCGACUCACUUAACAUUGGUGAGGCAGUUGACAAGAUGACAAAGGAAGGUAUCAUCGUACCCUCCAAGUCAUAUAGGAUCAGAGAUUGGCUCCUAUCGCGACAGAGAUACUGGGGUACGCCAAUACCAAUCAUUCACUGUCCAUCUUGUGAUGAGGUUCCAGUCCCUCUCGACCAACUACCAGUUGUAUUGCCCAUCAAUGUUGAUUUCACAGGUAAAGGAAAUCUGUUGAACAGUUUGGAGGAUUGGAAGAAUACUAAAUGUCCAAAGUGUGGAGGCCCAGCACAUAGAGAGACUGACACAAUGGACACGUUUGUGGACUCUUCAUGGUACUAUUUGAGAUUCUUGGACAACACGAACAAACAAGAGAUAUUCAAAAAGGCCAUUGCUGACAAGAUAAUGCCCAUUGAUGUCUAUGUUGGAGGAAUUGAGCACGCAAUCCUCCAUUUGCUUUACUCUCGAUUCAUCACCAAGUUCCUGAAGGACCAAGGAAUGUUGGACCAUGAUGAACCAUUCAAGGUGCUAUUGAUCCAAGGAAUUGUCAAAUCACCAACAUACAGAGACUCGAUAACGGGCAAACCACUUUGGCCCAAGGAUGUUGACUUUGACACUAAACCAAUCAUCAACAAACUCACUGGAAACCCAGUGAACACAACCCUUGAGAAGAUGUCCAAAUCAAAGUUGAAUGGCAUUGAUCCAAAUGAUAUGAUCAACAAAUAUGGAUCCGACACAUUGAAGCUAUACGUUUUGUUCAAGGCACCACCAGAGAACUCAUUGGAGUGGGACACUGAAGGAAUAGAGGGCUGCAAGAAGUGGCUGAUGAGAGUCAAAUCACUGGUACAAACAUAUAAUACCGAUUAUAAGAACAAGUCUAUUGACCUCAAACUAUCAAAUGGCGAUGAUACAAAGCUAUGGAAUCCAAAGAUGAAUUCUCUACGCUACGAAACACACUAUACCAUCAGCAAAGUCACCGAGUCCAUUGAACGAUACACCUUCAACACUGCAAUAUCAUUCCUGAUGACUCUAUCAAACACUAUCGGCAAGGUUAACCCAGACAACAGGAACAGUUUAGAGUAUUUGGAAGCGCUGAGGGCCCUCGUCAUCUUGUUGGCACCAUUUGCACCAAACUCAUCACAAUCAUUUUGGCAAGAGUUGAUGGAAGGACCUCGUUACAAUGGUCAAUCAUGUGGAUCGUCUGACAUUGAUCAGGUGAACAAACAGGCAUGGCCAAUUGCAUCCCCCACUUGUCUUGGUCUACAACAAAAGACAUUGGUCAUCCAGUUCAAUGGCAAAGUGAAGGCGGUCAUUGACGUUUCAGUUGAGGACAAACAAUCGAUAGAGCUAUUGGCUAAGCAACACAUGAAGGAUAAGCUGACGGGCUUCACCAUUGGCAAGACCUUCUUCUCCCCAACCAAAGCUGGUUACUCUAUCAACUUUGUAAUAACAAAGAACAACUAUUAG